CCUCCAAAUGUUCGCCGAGCUCUUGAUGCAUACGGGCGACACCGUACAGAACGCGUCUUGAACAAACGCACUGUAGAAUCCUACUUUGGUCUCAUGAACGACUUCGCGGCGCAACGCGAUCCCGAUCUUUACGAUUUCGGCACAAAACUCGUUCAUCUGGUGUUGGAGAACGAGCGGUUCUUUCGACGAUGUCCUCAGAAUCCUGAUUCGCAGUACUCUCCGUCCGAAAUCCGUAUCGAUCCCGCUGUGUUGGCGUCUUUCAGAAAACCUCUCACGACCUUCGCCGAUGCCAUUCCUUUGUGUGUGGAGGCCAUACGUAAACGCGGGGGCACAUCGAACGAAGACAAGGCGGACAUCCUCGAAAUCGAAUACCUCCUCUCCACCCACCAUACCCUCGCGGCUUGCACUCUGGCCAGAAAAGCUCUUCGGCGGAACCCCCAGGUCGCCUUUUUUUACUUCGUCCUGGCU